UUGAUUUGUUUUUCAAUUCUUACUUUUAUAAUUUUAUAUUCCUUUUAUUUAUUAUUCCUAUUAAGUAUGAGUAAUGAUUUACAACAAGCUUUAAUUGAUAGUAAUCAACAUUUGUCCAAUAAUGAAGAGACUGAGGGUUUCGACACAGAAGCAGGCCAAACCUGGAUAUAUCCUACAAAUUACCCAAUUCGAGACUAUCAAUUCAAUAUCAUACAAAAAGCAUUAUUCAAUAACACCCUCGUUAGUUUACCGACUGGACUGGGUAAAACAUUCAUUGCGGCUGUUAUCAUGUUCAAUUACUACCGGUGGUAUCCCCGGGAAAAAGUGGUAUUUAUGGCCCCCACGAGGCCCUUAGUGAAACAACAAAUAGAUGCCUGCUACGAUAUUACAGGCAUAUCGAAGGACGUUACGGCAGAAAUCACCGGAGUGGGAACAAAGAUUUCUACGCGAGAAGACAUCUGGAACGAAAAAAGGGUAUUUUUUAUCACGCCUCAGAUAUUGCAGAACGAUUUGGAUAAGUUCCAAGAUUUAGGCAAGAAGAUAAAGUGCUUGGUGUUCGAUGAAGCGCACAAAGCUAGAGGAAAUUACGCCUACUGUGAGAUUAUUAAAAAACUCUUAAGUACAAACAAGUACUUUAGAGUCCUGGCGUUGAGCGCCACUCCAGGUGGAUCCAUCGAGGAUGUUUUAGAUAUUGUCAAUAACUUAUUAAUAUCCCAUCUAGAAUUUAGAACUGAAGACAGUUUGGAUGUACGACCUUAUGUAUUUAAAAGGAAUUUAACAACAGUCGUCGUACCUCUCGGAGAAAAGUUACAGCAAAUCAAAGACGAUUACAUGAGUGUUCUGGAAUAUUACACAAAAACUCUAAUUAGAUACAACGUAAUACAAGGUAACUACUCUAAUUUAUCCAAAGGGAAGAUUUUUAUGAUUACCAAGAGCUUUCAACAAAAGAACAGAAGUAGCAGUCCAAAUUUCAACGAAAUCAUGAAGUGUUUGAACGUUUGCAUAACGCUCUACCAUGCGUUUGAGCUAUUAGUAAGGCACGGAUUAAGAAGUUUCCUAUCGUUUUUCGAAGAACACAUAGAUAAGCCAUUAAUGAGAAGCAACGCGAUGGUUAGAGACAUAAUGACUGAUGUCAAAGAGUACUUAGGCCCACCACCCGUAAUUCAAAGCCUUCCUGAUGGAGACCGCGUCGAGUUGAAUGAAAACACCAAGUUUGGACACCCGAAAUUUUACAAAUUGAGGGACAUUCUGUUGGAUCAUUUCAAAAAAUCCGAAGAUUCCAGCAGGGUUAUCGUGUUCUUCGAGUACAGGGACUCCGUGCAGGAAGCUUAUGCUUUAUUAAUUGACUCGCAGCCUAUAAUAAAACCCAGGAUAUUCAUCGGACAGAAACAAGGUGUCACUCAAAAAACACAAAUUAGCGUAAUAAAAUCGUUCAGAGAAGGCACCUGUAACGCCCUCCUAUCAACUUGCAUAGGAGAGGAAGGCCUCGACGUCGGCGACGUCGAUCUCAUAAUAUGCUUCGAUGUGUCCAACAAAUCCCCCAUAAGAAUGGUGCAAAGGAUGGGCAGGACGGGCAGCAAGAAAGACGGUAACAUAGUGGUUUUAGUGACGGAGGGAAAGGAGCAAGAAACCCUUAAAGACUGCUUGAUACACAAAAACAACGUCACCUGCCACGUGCUGGGUUCGGCUCACUUGCAGAACAAUUUGCAGAAGGACUGUCCGAGACUGAUCCCCACGGGCGUUCAACCCAGGUGCGAGAAAAUGUUUAUUACCGUGAAUAAGCAGCCGGUAGCAAAGAAAAGUAGGAAUUUGAAGGAUAUGAUGAGAACAUUGUCUUCGAGGUCUUCCGAGCCAUCGUUUUCGCCGAAUUUGCAAAUAGGCGAAUUUCGGGAUAGAAUUUCUCUAUGUAACGCACAAUUAUAUUCAAACGAUAGUCGGGGAUUAGAUGAGCAUAUUCCUCUAGUGAAAACGUUUAAUAAAAGAAUCGAAAAGCAACGAACUUUACAAGAAACUUAUAAAAUACAACAUUCCGAAGUUUCUAAAUUACUAGUUAACCUGCUCCAAACAGCCGAAUCCCGUAGAUUUAACAUUCCUUUAACGCAAUUAGGUGUGACUAGAAAUCUCAAGCAAACCGACAUUAGGAGCAUGUUCCAUAAAGACUUCGAUGUGGCCUCGACCCAAGUUCCCGCAGCCACGCAGAAGGAGGUGGAAAAGGAAGAUAAAUACACCGGUCUAUUCGCGGAAAUGGAAACCUUUUUAGCCAUUAGCUGCGACUUGAACGCGAACUAUUGCAAAUUAUGUCCGAAGCUAUUGGAAUGCGGGAGAAUUCCCUAUACGAAUUACUUCACGACUACUCUCUCGUGGACUGAGCUCGAUAGCGCCGUUUACAGUUCAGUUACUUUGGAGGAUUUGAAAUCGUUUAGGAAGAAUUUAGAUGGGGAAUUUCAGUUUGAGGAUACUUUGGAUUUUUCGGUAUUGGAUCCGGAUGGUUUUAUAGAUAGGAGUAUAGUGGGGAAUUUCGAGGGAAAGACAGCGGAUUUCCAACCGCCCAAAUCUCUAGAUUCUUUAGUAGGCAAAUUCAAUUGUUCCACCGCUGAAGAACCACCAAAGAAAAUAUAUUCCCAAAACGAAAUAAAAAGUAUUUUGGAGUUUUUUAAGUUGAGAAGCGUACGCGACAUCGAAUUCAACGAACCUGCUCCGGUCUCGCCGGAUAUGCCCGAGCAAGUUGUUCAAGAUAAUUCUUAUAAAAGCAGUGAUGAUUCUUCUUCGCCGAUUUUGUGUUCUUUCGCCCCGAAAAGGAACAAAUCGAUACGAAAGGCGAGCACUCAACCAGUUCUAGCGUUGGAGGAUUUGGUCGAUUUAUCGAAUUUCGGUAUAAUUAACAAAAACCCGGUGAAUAUCGAGCAAAAAGAGCCGGAAAACGUUUCCGACAUCGAAAAUCUAACGCCAACUUGUGAUAAUAAAACAAUCUGUGAUAUUACUGUUAAACGAACUUGUACAAACGUUGAUUCAGAGAGCAACAAAACACCAGUGAAAAACAAACCGGUUACUCAAAAAACCGUAACUCAAUUACUUUCUCAGAUAAACAAAGCAUCUCAAAAAGAAAAUGCGGUUAAUUCGAACGAUGACGAAAUCUUCGAUUUGCGGGACAAAACGGUUUUCAAAACGCCUAAAAGUUCUUGGAGAAAUAAAUCGAAAAUGUGCCAAAAUUCACCGUCGACGUCGAAAAUCGAAGCGAGUACCAAAAGGCUAGGCAAUGGAAGCGGUUGGUUGCAAGCCAAAUCGAAUAAUGUUCUCAAAAAACGGAAAAUAAUCGAUGAUAAUUCGGACGACGAUUUCGAAACGAGUCCCGUCACGCAAAAAUCUAAAUUCCCGAAGGUGGAUAGAAGUCGCCCGAAAAAAAGAACUGGCCCACGAAAAGGAAUUGCAAAGGCUAAUCAAUUCAUCGACGACGAAGCCGACGUAAGUUCCUGCGAUUCGAUCAUCAUUUCCGAUGAUGAAUUCGAAACUCAGUCUCAACAAUACGACAAGAGUUUCGUUAACGAUGAAACUCAAAAUUUCAAUACGCAAAUGCACGCGGUUUAUCUGCAGUCCGUCAAAAGUCCGGCGGCUGCGAAGAGAUUUAGAGAACCAAAAUUAAAUAUUUCUAAUGUGUUCUCGCAAGUGGAAAACGUUGAGAAUGAUACUUAUUUUGAAGAUGAUUCAUUUGUGGUCGAUAAUGAUGUAGUUGAAACUAGGGAUGAAUUAUCGCAAUUGGAGAUAUUAGAGAGGAAAUUGGAACAAGAAAAAAGAAACGGAAGGCCGCUUAAAAGAAAAAAGAGAAUCGUCACUAUAGAGGACGACAGCGACUGA